UGGCCAUCUCUUGCCAGAUCGUUCAAGGUCGUUGAAACGAAACAGCGGCCAAGUUUGAGCGGACCUGACUUCUUUUCUGCCAUUUGACGUCGAAUUGUCUUGUAGUUUGGAUUCUAAGAUUUGUCAUGAUCUUAGAAAUAUGCGACCCCCUCUUGUUAUGAGAAUACUUGCUGCCUCCGUAUCUCUAGCGGAUAAGGCCUGUUGUUUGAUUCGUGCGGUAUAUGAUUCCAAAGACUUGGCCAUUAUAGACAAAGGAGUUGAUGAUUUGCAAUCCAGAGCUGAUCGAGAUUCUCAGAGGUGCAUAGUACAAUCCUUGAAUGAGAUCUUCCCAGGUCUUCAUGUUAUUGGCGAAGAAGGUGAUUUGGAUCCUGGAAAUCUACCUCGAUCCACUGAAUUAAACUCAACUGUUCUUGAGUACCAAUGUCCUCCAGAACUAAAAGAUUGUUCAUUGGAUGAUAUUGUAGUUUGGGUGGAUCCGCUGGAUGGUACAAAGGAAUUUACUGAAGGCCUUGUUGAGUUUGUUACAGUUCUUAUCGGGAUUUCGAUUGCUGGAAAGCCUGUGGGUGGUGUUAUCGCUCAACCUUUUUACAAAGCCAAUCCAACUGCGAAUACAACUGAUCCGAAAUAUACAACUCGGAUCGUCUGGGGACUUGUAGGUUUGGGUGUAUUUGGCGUAAAUCCCCGGCUACCUUCUUCAAAAUUGCCAUAUCCAAUCAACCAAAAUGCCCAAAAACUUACUUCACCUCAUAUUAUUGUGGUUACUCGAUCCCAUCGCUCUCUUACUCAUGAUUUUGUUGACGGAGCAUUCUAUCCCACUGAAGUUCUUCGCGCAGGGGGGUGUGGUUACAAAGUUCUAGUGCUUCUGGAAGGACGUGCUCAUGUCUAUGUAUUUCCUAGCCAAGGUACUAAAAAGUGGGAUACAUGUGCUCCGGAAGCUGUUCUUCGAGCAUCUGGUGGGAUACUAACAGAUUUAACUGGACAACCUUACAAUUACGAUCUUAAUGCUAAACAUGAUAAUCUUCGAGGCAUACUUGCUACUCCUGUCGCCGAUUGGUUACCAUCAUAUGUUUCUUGUUUGCCAAAGGAAGUGCUUGAUAAUUUCUCAGCUCGUGAUUAGCUAAUACUAAAUCCUAUUGUUUUGUUUAUUACUAUUGACUUUGUUCAAUAUUAAAUGUAUAGUACAAUUUAGAAUUCUCAGUACAAAGUGCUUAUCAUUCCAUACAUCUCCCGUGCGUUUAUGUGAACAUGCCCUUCUCUUCGCUAUUCCGUAUUCGUAUUUCAUUUACUUGAUAACAAUGAUUAUAUGAUAUUCUAUAUCAUCCAUAGAUUGAUUUGUAUGUACUAAAUGUGUGAUUAUUUUUUUCUUUUGAUUAUUUCUGCAAAUGUUAUAGAUGUUUUAAAAAUAGUGAUUAUUUGAACGAGUAUUCAAUGUAUCCAAGUGCACACUUUUCGGGUGUAUAAAUUGUUUUUGUUGGCUGAAAAUCAUUUAUUAUUGUAGUCCAACUAAUUGGGUUCUAUGAAGUCCAAAUAGUUCCGAUUGAAUGUUGUGAUUUAAAAUUUUCGUUUCUGAAGCUCAUCUCAUUAAAAAAAUUUGUCUCAGUCGGUUCAAUCGUACUAAAGCACAGAUUUAUUAAUUAUGAAAUAAACAGUGCUAAAUUAUUA